CACAGGUGUGUAUUUGCCAUAUUCUUAUUAUCUUUUCAUUUUUCAGUUCUGUGCCCUCUGGUGGUCACUCCACUGAGAUGCCUCUCCAACACCUGCUCUUCUCAUCUACAAAGUUCUGAUGACACCCUUCCACCUGCAUCCCACUGCGCUCGUGCACAGUUGCCGAGAGACGUUGUUUGGACAAGCAGGAGAACAAAAGAUUGAGCACAGGACCUUAUUAAAUCUCUUCCCCUCCCAUUGACGUGAGAUAGCAGACACUCAGCAGGAUGUGCAUAUUAAGUGACGCCUUAUGACCUGAUCAAACACUCGGCUUCCCGGAGGCGAGGUGCUGCAGCGUCGGACAGGACGGCCGCUGAUGGAGAGUCGGGUUGUUCGGGUUUAAAGAGCGUCCGAGCGAGUCCGCCCUUUGGCUGAGCCGCUGCCAUGUCGUGCUAUCAUCAGCUGUUGCUGGCCGUCUACAUAGUGACCUUCCUGAUGGGGGUCCCCGCCAACAUCCUGGCGUUCUGCACCUUCUGCCGCAAGGUGCGACGCAGGGCGGCCCCGAUAGACAUCCUCCUCCUCAACCUCACCAUCUCCGACCUCAUCUUCCUGGCCUUCCUGCCGUUCAAGAUGAACGAGGCCGCCGACGGCAUGUUCUGGUUGCUCCCCUACGCCCUGUGCCCCUUCACCGGCUUCCUGUUCUACGCCACCAUCUACAACAGCACGCUGCUCCUCACUGCCGUGAGCGUGGAGCGCUACCUGGGGGUCGCCUUCCCCCUCAGGUACUCCCUGUGUCGCCGACCCCGCUACGCCGUGUUGGCCACCGCGCUCUUCUGGGUGGUGACCUUUCUGAACCUCAGCAUCGUCUACAUCAUGCCCUACGCCCAGUGGAGCAAAGGGGCAGACGGCGGCGGCAACGGCAGCGGCCGCGCGCCCGUCUCCCCCCCGCCCACGUGCUACCUGAAUUUCACCCCGGAGGAGCUCCACAUCGUGCUGCCGGUGCGCCUGGAGCUCUUCUUGGUCCUCUUCUGCGUCCCCUUCUUCAUCUGCUGCUUCUGCUACGUCAACUUCAUCCUCAUCCUGUCGCGGCUGCCCAACAUCGGCAGGCGGCGGAGGCUGCGCGCCAUCGGCCUGGCGCUCGGCACGCUGAUGGUGUUCGCCGUGUGCUUCGGGCCUUACAACGCCUCCCACGUGGUGGGGUUCGUCCGGCAGGAGAGCGAGGAGUGGAGGAACAUGGCGCUGCUCUCCAGCACCUUAAACGCCUGCCUGGAUCCCAUCAUCUUCUACUUCUCCUCGGCGGCCGUGCGGAGCAUGUUGAACCACUGCCUCGGCAACAUCACGGCCAAGCUGCACCUCCUGGGGUGCGGCGGGGGUCCGCACCGGAAUCCCGCCAAGACGGAAGAUUACAAGGAAGCGUCUCGCCCGUGAGGCGUCUCGGAGACCUUUUGGAACGUAAAUGACUGUUUAUUUCAAAAAAGGACAAAACCAAUCAGUGUGGCGAGAGAAGUUCGUAUCCUUGUUUCACAUCAUGUGGGCGCCUUUAAACUCAUUAAUCUACAUCGCACCUUCCACACACGCAUGUUGUCCGAAGUGCUUCACUUGCUACAGAGUGUGGGGGAAAUAGAGCGGUUUAUCCUUCCUUUAAUUACCUGCUGAUUCGGGGUUCCUGUCAAGCUGCAAUAUGUGUCAAGUGCUUUCCGUGCUCAUUAAGAGUUUGAUACUAAAGAAAACUGUGAAGCUUUUGUAAAAACGUGAAAUAAAAUCGUAAGAUUGGCAUUUAACAGUUUUAAUGGCUCAUUUUCUACGUAGAAAAAGCGCUUAAGUGUGCCGUUACAAAAUGGUGAGGAGUCACCUCUCGUGUACGCCAGGUGUGGGGAGUAUCUACAGGACAGUCGAGGACAGACACGACGUGACGUGACUCACCGAGCAACAAGGCCACUGUUUAAUCACAAGGAGUGUUUUAUAGGAGCGAGGGGUAAAGCUAAUUAAAAAGCAGGAAAUGGAGACGUCAACCUCCUCAAGGUAAUUUGGAGCCAUGAGCACGGUCAGGCAGGAAGCGUAAACACAAAGGAACGGUUAUAAAGUGUUUAUGUUAAACAUCGGGUCGCAGAUAAGC